CUUUCAAUCUUCAGCAAUAGAUUUAUUUUUUAAUAUCACAAGGGACACACAGUUAUACUCAAAUUAUACACAAUUUAAAACACAAUUUUACAUAAUGGUUGAAAUAACCUUGGAUAACAUGGUGAACAAUUAACAAUCAAUUAACAGCAACUUAACAACAUUUGUUUACAUCAUUUGAAAUAAAUUUUAACACUAUUUUCCAUAAAAAUAUUUUAGGGCAGUAAACCAAAGAGCAUCAUUGUAGCUGAGAACAUGUUGAUAAUUAAUAUACAUGAUCAGUUAUAUUAUUUAACACGGUUAUCUUUUAUCUUUUAAAUGAUCAUACAAAAAAGCAUGCGUGACAAUAUUAAGGUCCUUUUAAGUUAAAGUAUUUUAAUCCGUUAAUAUAAUAACUUUUUUUGAGUGACACACUUAACUCUCUCAAAUUAAUUUGUUUUAAAGUGUCUACUGAAUGACUAAAAUUUAAUACCCCCAUUUGUUAUCCCAAACUCAUUUUCUCCCAUUACUGGUAAAAUCACUGUGCCACACAAUCUCUCUGCCUGUACAUGUUGCUUAAUCUGAAAAUUUGGGGAGUCCAUCAGUUUUCUUCAGUGUGUGUUUGAGGCUAUUGAGCAAAAGAGGCAGUGCAGUGUUAUAUUAAGGCAGGCAGUCCUUCUUUUCUGAGCUCGUAUUCAACAUCUACACGACUGGACCAGCACACAGACUGCUCUCAUCUGACUCUCAGCAGUAUCUGAUAUGUUCUGAAGCUGGAUUUCUCUGUUUUUGGCUUUUAAAUGUGUAUGGUCAUAUUUGCCCCGCUUUUUGCCAUCUUUGCUUUUGCAACAUGUGGAGGUUACUCUGGGCAAAUGCGGGUUAGUGUGGACUGCAUCAACAAGUCUGACAGCAACCUCAGUAUUGCCAUCAACUUCGCUUACCCAUUCAGGUUGAACCAAGUGGAAUUUGAUGUACCGAUGUGUGAGGGAAGGAGACAAGAGCGGCUUUACCUGAUUGGAGACUUUUCCUCCUCGGCUGAGUUCUUUGUCACCAUUGCUGUGUUUUCCUUUCUGUACUCUCUGCUGGCCACUGUGGUGUAUAUCUUCUUUCAGAACAAGUACCGCGAAAACAACCGCGGACCUCUCAUUGACUUCAUAGUGACGGUGGUCUUCUCCUUUAUGUGGCUAGUGAGUUCUUCUGCCUGGGCUAAAGGUCUUUCGGAUGUGAAGGCGGCCACUGAUCCGGAUGAGGUGGUUCUGCUCGUGUCUGCUUGUAAAGUUCAGACCAACAAGUGCAGCUCAUUGUACGGACCACGAUGGUCUGGCCUCAACACAUCUGUGGUAUUCGGCUAUCUGAACUUCGUGCUGUGGGCUGGAAACAUCUGGUUUGUGUUUAAAGAGACCGGAUGGCACAAGGGAGGCGCAGCAAGAUAUCCAGCCUCGUCCUUAGAAAAACAAACCACGGCCUUCAACCAGCAGGUCUACAACCAGGGCAGCUUUGAUCAAUCUGGAGCCACUUUCACUGGAACAGGGGACUUCGCCCAGUCAGAGUACAGUCAGGUGGGCAAUUAUUCCUCAAGUGGGCCCAUUUCCUACACCAACCAGUAACCCCAUCAGCCUCAUCACUAUCCCCAACACAGGGGACCCAUUUCUAAGGGCAAAUUCGACAUUGAGCACAAGAGAAAGUGGAAGAGUUUAGUAAACAGAUUUCUGAUUCUAGGUAAACCCAGACUUGUUUGUCCAGGCUACUAAUAUGUUUUUAAAAAUUAAUGACAGGGAUCUUUUGAUGUAUUGUAUGUUUUUUGACUUUACCUGUCUGUAAAUGUUAUGGAAAAAUCACUGUUUACUCUGCAAAUCUCAUUACAUCCAUACUUUAGACUCGCUCACAUGGGAAAUCCAUUAAUUUAAAUGGGUAUCUUAAUGUUUGUGUUGUGUCACUAUGACCAUGUAUUUUUUAGAGCCCAUUUGUGAUCUAAGUAUUUCUGCUUCAUUUCAAACUUAAUCGACUCUUUUGCAAAACCUUAUAAUAUUACAUAUCAUCAAAUGCUUCAUAGAUGCUUUUAAAGGAACAUGAAUGAAUAUAACUUCCUUCAUAUUUGACAUAGGGUGGCCAUAACUGAUAUGAACUUUGCUGAAAUGAUUUAUCCAUCGAUUAACAACACCAUGCAUCGAUAUGGGAGAAAGCAAGGCAAUUUAUUAAAAUUUUAUCAAAAGGUCACUAAGACUUUUUUGGGGGGGGGAUAACAUUCACAGUUGAAUAGUCCACAAUAAGAGCAGAAACAUUAAAGAGUUUGCAUCAAAAUUAAAAUCAAUUAUUAUUCCUUGCAAAAUUACAAAACCUUAAGACUUUUGUUCAUCUUCAGAAUAGAAAGGCUUUGGUCUCUCCGUUAAUAUGCCUCAAAAAGUCUAAAAAUAAAUCUAGAUGAACCAAGCAAUCAAAAACUUAUUUAAAAAAUAUAAAAGGACUCAUUUAUAUGACUGCAUUUACAACUAAAUAGAUUUUUUUAUUCAUUUUACAAACCAAUCCAAAAAAACUACUUUUAAAACAUUUGAAAAAAGAUUUCAAAAUCUUUCAAAAUGAUUUGUUAUUGUCUUCAAGUGAACACUUUUCAAAAACACAAAGGAAAAACGUUAUAGUUUUUAGUACGUCUCUGUCAUGUAAACUCAUCUCAUGGGUUUGAUAUGACAUGAGGUUUAUUAACGAUAACAAAAUGUUCUGGGCUGAACUAACUCUUUCAGGAAGUAUAUGGGAUAUGUUAUGAUAUCAUGUUGACUUUUAAGUGUACUUGUCUUAAUGGUGAUCACCUACAUGCUAAAAAGUGCUAGGUUGAAUUAUACCAAAUUUGUGGAAAACAUGUGACUCUGGAUGUUUUGCAUGGGUAAAUAUGUGGGAAUAACCCAAAUACACUGGAUGAGUGAAAAACGUUGCUUUUUAUGCCAAAAAUCAUUAGAAUAUUAAGUAAAGAUCAUGCUUAAUGAAGGCAUUCUGUAAAUAUUUCAAAACUCGAUUAGUGACAUGCAUUGUUUAAGCAGUUAAUUUAGACAUGUUUAAAGGAAAUUUCUUCAAUAUUUAGAUUUUUUGUUUACUAUCAUAUUCCAGAUUUUCAUAUAAUUGUAUCUCGGAACAAAUCAAAUUUGAACAAAACUUUACAAAGAAUAAUGUAGUUUCAGGUGAUGUAUGAAAAAAUGACACAUAUGACUAGUUUUGUGGUCCAGGGUCACAUAUGGACAACAAAACAUGGGUUAAAUGGGACCACAAAAUAUGGGUUAAAUAUUUAAGUUAAAAAUGUUAUCUAUAUUUUAUAAUUAAUCUAUGUUUAUCCAGAUUUGAGGUACAAAAAAAUUAACCCAGCACUUUUUUUAUAGUGUAGAGAAGGUGAUGCAGGUAUUUGUAAUUUACACUAUUUGACAGACUUUUAAGUUUUCAUUUGUCAGUAUAGAUGUUAGAUUACUGUUAAUCUGCAUAUUUUUGGAUUUCUUCUCCACCUGAAUAAUGUCAUGCCAGUGGUUGUUGGUUUGGUGUUUGCACUUUUGUGUUUCUGCAUUUAUAUGGCUCUUAAAUGUUUGCACUGUAUUGAUGAGCUGCAUGAAGUUGUGCCAUAUUAUUAACCCAGUUUGAGUUUGUACAUAAAUUUUCUCCUCACUAUAUCAGGGUCAUAUGCAACCCAGGCUCAUUCUGAAAACACACCACUAUAUACAUUUCUGGAGAAAGCCAGAUACGUCCCAGGAGGUAUGUUUUUUUUUUCAGUUUUUGUUUUCACAAAUUCACCAGAGGCUGCUGUGUACUCUUUUUCAGAUCUCAAAUUUCUCUUGCGAGUGCCAUUCACACCUGCUGUUCUCACGUAAAUCCACUAGAGGCCGCUGUCGACUGACUGAAUGAAUGACCGAUAGACUGACCCACCCACCUCUCUCCCUAAACCUUCCCUAAACUUAGGGCUUAAUUUGUGCCAAAACAAGCACCUCUGAAAUCCGAUCCGGCCCCUUAUUUUACUAAUCCCCCUCCACACACACACCCCUGCUCUUAACUUUCUUCCGCAACUCUCCAACCCUCUUCACUUUCGUCCGCAUUCUUCAGCAAUUUGCCAUCCCCCUACCCAUCCCCCCGGCCUCUUCACUUUCGUUCUCGACUCCUAAACCCCUGCCUAAAGCCAACCAAGCAUCAAUUGUCCUUGUCACCCACUUCCCUAAACCCAAAAAACAGUUUUAAAAAAACAUUCAGAAAAAGAAAAGCCCUCGCCUGAUUUUUACCACGUUUUCAGAUUUUUCCACAUUCUCACAUUCGCUUUUUGGAACCGUUCUUCACCAGAUUCGAUUCCCAUCAUUACAGUCAACUCCUUUCUGCGUCUCAAGUCUGCCGAUGUACAUGGCAAGCUACUGGACAAACUGGUAACAGCCGAAAAGCCAUCCAUAUGGAGGCUAGCAGUCAGCUGGUAAUCGUGAAAAAAGGAACAGUGUCGUACCGCACCAUAUGGUUCAUUUUACUGCCGAAAUGCAGCCAGAAGUACUUCUGGCUACCUAAUUCGCAAUCUCCAGAAAUGCAUGUAGGGGUACAUUUUUAGAAUGAGUCUAUGUUGGUCAUAUUGUCUAUUCUGUGACCUUUAUUAUGAUCACAAAGUGAUUGAAAUACAAUCAACGCAUCAUUUCUUUGCUUGUGUUCGCUUGCUCCUCGUCUGAUCCUUUAUAAACGCAUGAGGCUUUAUUAACUACAAAGACUAUAAAAUGAGACAAAAAACUGGUAAUGUUCUUGUUCUGAUUGCUGUUGCAUUUCAAUGUGAACGGGUUUCUGUCUUGAUAUGUUAAGUGUAUGCAUUUUUGAUCAGUGGGUGUGAAUGCUUUGAUGCAUUUUGUGUAAAGCCAAUAAAGAUAUUGUACAUUCCUC